CACUAGCUCCAUACAACUUCCCCACUUACAUUCCAUUACAGUACAUCUCUCUCUCUCUCUCUCGACCAGACUAGUCCCAUCCUCAUCUCAACUUUCAGAUUUUUGUACACAUUCCCAAAAAAAAAAAAAUCUCCACUCUUCCCUCUCUCUCUCUCUCUUGUUCUUAGUUCUCUUGAUCAUUUAGAGCUGACAUAGAGAGAGAAAAAAGAACAAGAAUUUGAUUAAAAGAGCUGUUUUUUUUCCAACAUAUUGUGUGGUGGAAGAGAAGGAUUAAGCAACCUGAGUAAGGAAAUGUCACUGGACAUGAUGGCAUCAGAACGUGUUUGUUAUGUUCACUGCAACUUCUGCAACACCAUUUUAGCGGUUGGAAGUCAUUAAGAGUCACCAUUGAUAAAGAUACAUAAAAAUUUGUCCUCUCAAACUCUCUCCUAUGGACAACCAUCUGUAACCGCGUUUACUAGGGAUAAGGUAAGUGUUCCAUGCAACAGCAUGUUCACACUCGUAACUGUGAGAUGUGGCCAUUGCACAAAUCUACUCUCCGUAAACAUGGGAGCUUCCCUCCAAGUACUUCCUCCUCAAGAGGGUCAUAAGCAGCCGCAACUAACGAGCCCGGAGGAUUCAAGCAAGGACAGAGGCUCAUCAUCUUCAAAAUGCAGCAAAAUUGGGUCACUUGAAUCUGCUGAACGUGACCAACAUAGAAUCCCUCCAAUUCGCCCACCGGAGAAAAGACAGCGAAUUCCUUCUGCAUACAACAGGUUCAUCAAAGCGGAAAUUCAAAGGAUUAAGGCUAACAAUCCUGACAUAAGCCACAGAGAAGCCUUUAGCACAGCAGCUAAAAAUUGGGCACAUUUACCUCACAUCCACUUAGGGCAGAAGCUGGAUGGAAAUAAUAAGCAAAGUAAUUAAGUCCAUUUAAAUCUCCAAUGGGAUUCUGCCACGUGUUAAUUCUAGAUUAUGGUGUAUUAAUUGAUAAAAUUACUAAAUAAAAACACCCUUUUAAUUAGGCUUUUAAAUUUAUGUGUGUAUUUCAUUCCCAUCUCUUCUUGUUCUUUGAACAUGUGAGAUUAACGGUAUUACCUAUUUAUUAUAACGAACUUUUCUUAUUUUUCA